UCGGACUCUGCGCUGCAAUAAAGAGGCGGCGGCAGCUGAGAGCGCAUACCAUUGGAGCGGAGAGGCGUCCCGACUUCACAGCUGCUGCACCACCACACCGCCGUGCCUGCUCUGCUCUGCUCAGCCCGGCUCGGCUCGGCUCGGCUCAGCUCGGCUCAACCUCCCCCUCGGAGCUCACGUCGGAGGGAAGACGCAGCAGCGGGAGGAACAUGCCGCUGCUCCGACCGUCUCAUUAACUCAUCCUACGGCGGCAAAACAAGGCUGCUCAUCGGGCCUCCGCGCGCUGCACCUCCGGCAGGACCUCCGUGCGCCAGAGGGAGAAUUAAAUAUACAAUUGAUCGGAAGACCUGCUAGAUUCUGCGUAGCAGCCAUGGGCAGCAAGACUCUGCCAGCGCCUGUCCCCCUCCACCCGUCCCUCCAGCUGGCUAACUACUCCCUCCUCCAGAGCUCCACAGGCCUCCAGUUGCCAGCAGACCAUUUUCACAGCAUCUACAGCUUCAGCGCCCUACACGCCAUUCAUCUCCAUCAGUGGACCCUUGGCUAUCCGCCUCUGGCUCUGCCCCGCUGCACCAUUUCCAAGUUGCCUGCCCAGUUCUCCUCCAUGGCCUCCAUCCCCAUCUUCCCGCACCUGCUGCAGCCCAAGCAGGGCGCAGCGGGGCUGCUGCAGAGCUCCAAGAACAAGCCCCGCUUUGACUUUGCCAACCUGGCGGCAGCAGCCACCCAGGACGAUCAUCUGAAGGCAGAGGACCUGAGCAUGACGGGUGCCGCUGCCGCAGCGCAGGCGUCGCCUCACCACGCUGCCUCAGUUGGCCUGGGCUGCCUCCUGGAUGUGACCAAACUCUCCUCGCCAGAACGCAAGUCCAGCCGAGGCCGACUGCCCUCCAAGACCAAGAAAGAGUUUGUCUGCAAGUUCUGCGGCCGCCAUUUUACCAAAUCCUACAAUCUUUUGAUCCACGAGAGGACGCACACGGAUGAGAGGCCAUACACCUGUGAUAUCUGCCACAAGGCCUUCAGAAGACAGGACCACCUCCGGGACCACAGGUACAUUCAUUCCAAAGAAAAGCCCUUCAAAUGUCAGGAGUGCGGGAAGGGCUUCUGUCAGUCCAGGACUCUGGCAGUCCACAAAACAUUACACAUGCAGGUCAAGGAACUGAAGCCGGCCAAGAUCAAGUGAUCGACUCUCCCUGCAGGGGAAGGACGGGGACACUGGAAAAACCAUGACCAAAGACAACACCAGGCAAAGAAGAACCAAAGACUUUUUCUUUUUUCAUUUCAGCAGUAGAAAGAGAGAGCCCUCUGUUUCUAAUGUGAACACUCCUCAAGGACGAAAUAUAUUUUUUUUACCAGACAAUCCUUAAAGAAAUAAUACUGAAGUAAGCCUUAGUGGAUAAGUGUAUGCUUAGUUAUCAAAGCCUGUGGAUGUGUGGAAUGUGAAAUCGACCUGAAAAGAAGAAGAACAACAACAAGAGAACUAUGUGCCUGCUCAGUGCAAAUAAUUUGCUCAGCUUAUAAUCCAAAUACUUUAUAAAAGGGACACAACUUUUAUGUAUUUUUUUAUUAUUUUUUUACAAACUUCAAACUGAGAAUGAUCAAAGCCAUGUUAGUGUAGACACAUUUCCAUCCUUUUCAAUAUCACAUUCCAAUGAUAUUUUUGUACAGAUGCAUUAUAUCAAAAUUGUAUUUUUGCACUUUAACCUGAUUAUUGAUUAUUUACAUAUAUCACUGGAUUUCUUAAACUUAUUUUCAAAAUGAAUAAUCAUUUCUAAAUAAAAUAUUUUACUGUAA